AUGAAGCUUGCAAGUGCACUCAAACUACGUUCAAACUUGGACAAACAACUUUCAGAACUAAUAAGAACUAUCACUAGUGGUUUAGUGGUUCAGGAAGGUAUGACAAAACCUAACCCUGAUGAAAAUUAUAGCAAAUAUAUUGCCAAGCUAGCAGAACUCGAGAAACUAAUAGUUAACAUCAACUAUACUAAUAUUCAAACCAUAGUCCAUUUCAAAGAUCGAGAUGUUUCCAUAUCAGAGUUGAUUUUACUUAAAAAGGAAAUUACUGAAAUUGUUAAUAUUGUUGAUUCCAUACUACGAGAGAGUGAAGAACUGAAAAUUGAUGAUGUUAAUGAUAUAAAGAUGGUUUCGGUUGUUGAUCGAGAUAAAUACCAAGAGAGAUUGGAAGCAGCUAAGGAGGAGAAACUUGCCAUUGAAAUGAUUUUGGAAGAAGCCAAUUGGGGUUUUGAUUUACGAGGGUAUUAA